AUGAUGAUAAUAAGUGCACCAUUUGGAGGUGAGAUGAUGGAAUUUAAGAUGUAUUAUCGUUCAUUGUGGGAUUGGGCCUGUGAUCUCUUGAAGGAUUCAGGUGUGGGCCCAUAUUUUGUAUUUGAUGCUCAGUGCCUAUCCAAGUUCGAUGGCACUUCAUUUGUUCAUUUCAUCGAUGAGCCAUGGAUGGCUAACAAAUUUUGGGAUGUGCAAAGUAAUCUACCUUCAGAUGGCAAAGUUCUAGUGUUUGUUUUAUAUGCUGAUAAAGCCAAGUUGUUGUCAUUUGGUCGACAAAAAGGGUAUCCAGUUGUUGUGCAGAUUGUGAAUCUACCUACUUGGAUCUGUAAUGGUGAAGGUUUAGGUGGUGGCCAUGUAGUCAGGUGGUUAAUGAUUGUGAAGGAAGACAAGAAGUACUCUGGAAAGAAAUUGUUUGCCAACUUCAAGAAUCAUGUUUGGCAUGAAUCAUUCAAGAAGAUACUAGAUACAAUAUCAGAGUACUCGAAAACUGGCUAUUGGGUAAGAGCAGUCAUGGCACUCAUAUGUGGUGUGAUGUCAAAUCACCCUUGCCCUGUUUGCCUUAUCCAUUGCAACAAGAUAUCAAAAUUCCCCAAGGACUGUGAACAUCAUACCACAUUGUGUUGGGAUAGACUCCAUGCCAACUGUGUGGGAAAAUUUGGCAACCAUUUGUGGGGAGAACUUUUGAGGAUUCUCGAGACAAUGGGUCAUCAGAUGAUGGGAAAAGUUGAACAGAAUCUCAAUGCGAUGCCUCAUUGGCAUGGUCUCAAUCAUUUUGAGGAAGCACUUUCAGUUUCAUACACAGAUGGUCAAAAGUUUGAGGACCUAUCCAAGAUAAUCAUAUUCACCUGUCAUGACAUCUUCCCCCAUGAGAUGGAAAAAGAUGGUUACCUCCUGUUAUGCUGUUUGCGCACUUACAUCAAGUUUGAUAUGUAUAAUGCACUCAAAUUACAUAUGACACACACACUUGCCACUGGGUGGGAGGUGCUCACUACUUUCAAUUCAUUGAUUCAGAAAUAUGCAGAGAAGAUGCAACAUACAGCAAAAAACUGGAACUUUCCAAAGAACCAUACCCAUAUGCAUGUGUUUGAUGAUAUCAAAGCCAAGGGUGUCACCCACAAUUUCAACACAAAGCCAAAUGAGAAAAUGCAUGGCCCCUUGAAGGAAGCUUAUCAAAAACAAACAAACUUCAAGGACAUUGCUCAGCAAAUUCUCAAUGUCAAUCAUCUUGGACUGGUUCUUGAACACAUUCAUGGCAGGAUUACAGAAUAUGACACUUACAGGUUGACUGGAAAACCAACAAAUCUGGAUAACCUCAAAGCCAUUACUGAUGAACCUGAAGAGGAGUUUUUCCAUGUCAAGUUUGGUAGCAAAGACAUUGAGAAGAAGAGUGUUACUGACAAUCUCAGUGAGUUCCUCAAUAAACACUUCAACAUUAUAAGGAAGCCACUUCCCAGCAGGAAGCCCAUUCAAUUCCAAAGGAAUGACAAGAUCAUGGAAUAUCGCUUUGUCAAAGUGAACUUCGAGUCCACCGUUGACUGGUGUCAGUACAUGCAUUAUCUACAUUGCCAUCCUAACUUCCAUGGAUGUCCUCGUUAUGACUGUGUGCUUGUCAAGACUCAGGAGAAAGACAUAUUUGGGCAACUCAUACUUUUGUUCAAUUGUGUCAUCAGUGAAGAAACCUUCCCUUUGGCCUUUCUACACCCAUAUGAUGCCCAGCUGAUUGGGCAAUGGCUCCGGAAGGACAACCACCUCAACUUCUGGAGGGUAUAUCAUACAAGACCAGGGGAGUAUCUUGUUGUUGACACAAUCAACACUGACAUGUUCCUUCAUGUGCAAAUGAUGCACAAAGUGGCAGGGCACCUCUGA